AUGCGACCUUUCCACCAGGGGAAUCUAGGCCGCAAGAUUUGUGGAGGUGCCAUAACCAGCUGGCCUAGCAGGGCUAGAGAAGGAUUUCACUGCCGUUUAUCAACUGUCAACAACUUGGAUCUAGUCCGCGAGAGGAGGCUGAAGAUGUCUGAUCAAGGGAGAUACAAGAACUGGACCAAAGCCGGUCUCGUCCAGAGAGUGAAAGAGCUGGAGCAGCAGCUACAGGUGGCCGCAUCUUUGCUUCCCAGUUCAACGCAAGACUCUCUACAGCAACAGCGACAUAAACAGCCGCGACGAGAAGGCGAGGCAGUGGCUCCGCCGGUCAAGAUGCCCAAGGCCAAGAAGAAGAUGGACCCGUCCAAGUAUUCCACCCGCUACAUUGCCCUGAAGCUGGCGUACCUGGGCAAAAACUACGGCGGCUUCGAGUUCCAGGCCAUGGGCAACCAGCCGUCCAUCGAGGAGGAGCUGUGGAACGCCCUCACCAAGGCGUGCCUCAUCUUCCCCGAGGACGAAAAGCUCGUCGACUUUGACUGCUGCGAGUACUCAAAGUGCGGCCGGACGGACCGCGGGGUCAGCGCCUUUGGGCAGGUCAUUGGGCUGAGGGUGCGCAGCAACAGGCCUCUGCCCAGGGAGCCGGUCCAGGACGACGAGGACGCGCCAGGGGAGUUUGUUCAAGAAGAAUCCGGAGCAGAUCAGAAUCGGCAGCAGCAAGAGGAGAAACCCUUUGACGACAUUCGCGACGAGAUCCCCUAUCCCCAUGUCCUCAACCGCCUGCUCCCCAAGGAGAUCCGCAUCCUCGCUUGGUGUCCCGCGCCGCCUCCCGACUUCUCCGCCCGCUUCUCGUGCAGGGAACGUCAGUACCGGUACUUCUUCACUCAGCCGGCCUUUGCCCCGACGCCCUCUCACGUGGAAGGCGUCCCCAUGAAGCAGAGGACCAGGAAGAUUAUGAAGUCCGGCUGGCUAGACAUCGAGGCCAUGCGCGACGCGGCGAAGCGGUACGAGGGCGAGCACGACUUCCGCAACCUCUGCAAGAUCGACCCGGCCAAGCAAAUCACAAACUUCAAGCGCCGCAUGUUCGAGUCGGACAUUGUCGAGGUCAAGGAUGCCGCCUCCGCCCUGCCGUACCUCAAAGCCGCCGGCUUCGCCCCGGAAGACUUGGCCUUGGGUUCGGGCGAGGUGUACCCCAAGGUCUACUACUUCCACGUCCGCGGCUCGGCUUUCCUGUGGCACCAGAUCCGCCACAUGGUCGCCGUGCUCUUCCUCGUCGGCCAGGGCCUCGAGCAGCCGUCGCUGGUGAGCGAGCUGCUCGACGUGGAAAGGAACCCGCGCCGCCCAAACUACGUCAUGGCCGACGAGGUGCCCCUGGUGCUCUGGGACUGCAUCUUCCCGUCCGACCUGAGCCAGUCCGCGGCGGCUCAUCGCGAGGAUGAUGCGCUGCGGUGGGUGCACGUCGGCGACGACGGGCCGAGCGGGCGGUUCGGCCAGUUUGGCAUCAUGGACGACACGUGGCAGAUGUGGCGGGAGCGCAAGAUGGACGAGAUCCUCGCCGGCCAGCUGCUGCAGCACGUCUCGCAGCAGGGAAACGGCGGCAGCACCACCACGGCCAGGGCGGCGCCAAGUAGCAGCGCCAGCAGCACAAAGGUCUUUGAGGGGGGGAACGGUGGGAGGCUGAGCGGCAAGUAUCCCGGCGUCAUGAAGAUGAAGCUGCUGGAGUCUGCGGAUGAGCAGAAUGACAAGUAUGCGAAGCGAAAGGGAUAUGCAGACGCAGAGGAUAUGAGGGCGAGAAGGGGGUUCAGGUCCCAUACGGCGGACGAGAGCGAUACCUCCAUGGCCGAUGAGUAA